GGGACCGACGGGGCAAGCCGGCCCACGGAGCCGGCGCGGGCGGGCUGCUGAGGUGGCUGUCCCCCGCUCAGAGCUGCGGCUUCUCGGGUCGAGCCCCCGAUGGAGGCCGAAGCCGCAGAUGCCCCUCCGGGCCGAGUGGAGGCGGCGCUCAGCUGCUUCUCUUUCAACCAAGACUGCACAUCCCUAGCGAUUGGAACCAAGGCCGGUUACAAGUUGUUUUCUCUGAGUUCUGUGGAGCAGCUUGACCAAGUCCAUGGAAGCAAUGAAAUUCCUGACGUGUAUAUCGUGGAGCGCCUCUUCUCCAGCAGCCUGGUGGUAGUGGUCAGUCACACAAAACCUCGGCAGAUGAACGUGUACCAUUUCAAGAAAGGCACUGAGAUCUGUAAUUACAGCUACUCCAGCAACAUUUUGUCUAUUCGGCUCAACCGACAGAGGCUGCUGGUCUGCCUGGAAGAAUCCAUCUAUAUCCACAACAUUAAGGAUAUGAAGUUGUUGAAGACCCUCCUGGAUAUCCCCUCAAACCCAACAGGUCUCUGUGCCCUGUCUAUCAACCAUUCCAACUCUUACCUGGCCUAUCCUGGAAGCCAGAGUACAGGCGAGAUUGUACUCUAUGAUGGAAACUCCCUGAAAACGGUGUGCACCAUUGCUGCCCAUGAGGGGACGCUGGCCGCUAUCACCUUCAACUCCUCGGGCUCCAAGCUAGCGAGCGCGUCUGAAAAAGGCACUGUCAUCCGAGUGUUCUCUGUUCCCGAGGGGCAGAAGCUCUAUGAGUUUCGUCGAGGAAUGAAAAGGUAUGUGACAAUCAGCUCCCUGGUGUUCAGUAUGGACUCCCAGUUCCUGUGUGCCUCCAGCAACACGGAAACUGUGCACAUCUUCAAGAUGGAACACCUGACAGACAGCCGCCCAGAAGAGCCUUCCACCUGGAGCGGUUACAUGGGAAAGAUGUUCAUGGCAGCUACCAACUACCUCCCCGCCCAGGUGUCGGACAUGAUGAACCAGGACAGGGCUUUCGCCACAGGACGCCUGAACUUCUCUGGGCAGAAGAACAUUUGCACCCUGUCCACGAUCCAGAAACUGCCGCGGUUGCUAGUGGCCUCCUCUGACGGACACCUUUACAUCUACAACUUGGACCCGCAGGAUGGAGGAGAAUGUGUCCUAAUCAAAACCCACAGCUUGCUUGGCUCAGGAACAACAGAAGAGAACAAAGAAAAUGACCUCAGACCUUCCUUACCUCCAUCUUAUGCUGCAACUGUAGCAAGGCCCAGCACGUCCACAGCCUCCACGGUGCCAGGAUACUCUGAGGACGGCGGGGCGCUCCGAGGAGAAGUUAUUCCGGAACACGAGUUUGCAACGGGACCAGUGUGUCUAGACGACGAGAAUGAGUUUCCCCCUAUAAUCUUGUGCCGUGGAAGUCAGAAGGGCAAAACGAAGCAGUCCUGACAAGAAGCCUACCUCAGAAGUCAGGACACCCCCUGUCAGGUGGUUUUGGAGAGAACGAGGAAAGUGGAAGAAACGGAAUACAGUCAAUGCUGUGGGCAGAGGGGAGGGAGGGAGGCAGGAGUCCCGGGUGCCUCCCUGCUUGAGCCAUAGACCACAGUUAGCCCCCGACCCAAGCCCCUCAGCCUUGACUGCCAGUGGGCAAGGGGAAUGCUGGAGUCACACCAUGCAGUCUAAAAGACCUUCAAACCACAGUGUAAAUGCUAACUAACCAUAUUGGUAUGUAACCAGAAUUUUAUAUUAAAAAGGGCAUCCUUGUCAAAUGUAUGCUGUGUAAAAAAAUAAAAAAACAAAAAAAGCAAAAAAAAAGUUCUUAGUGGGAAACCUCUUAGAAUUGUGUUUCGUGGAUAUUACAGACAAAUAGAGAGAGAAACUAUUUUAGCCAGGCAAAGUAUUUUUGCAGUGAUUGGAAUAAAUCAUUUAUUACCUUGGAGUCCCAUUCAGGACACUAAUUAAAUAAAAUCAUGGC